ACGACUCGUACUGCAUUGAGAUAGCAAAAGUGCCAAUUCAAAAGUACACUACAUACAAGUAACUUACACUGUAGUUAGUUGUUUUCAAUUAGCGGAAUCAGUAGCAGUGAUAUGAAAUAGGCAAACAAUAUCGAAUCAGCGAUGCUGAGUUGCCUAACGAGGCUUACUGCCUCAUCUUCGAGAUCCAUUAGUGCUCGUGUAUUUUGCAGAACUGUUACGGAGACUGCAGCUCAGCCUACUGAGACACAAGCUACAGACAACUUGGAGCCGUAUCCGCUUCCAGAUGUCUACGUUGGUAAGAUGAAGGGAGUCCAAGUGGACUUCCAACAGAGACCUGCAGAAGGAGAGGCACUUCUCGACAAAAUUCGUGCACUGCCAGCGGCGGGCGCGUAUGUUUUCGACUACCAGCACUUGAAGGAUGAACUUGACCAGAUGGAUGAGGGUACACGGAUGUGCUUCCAGAUGAAGUAUCUUGCAAAGGAUCGGCAAACCUUCUUCCUGACAAAGUAUCUUCAGGAUGCGCUCAGAAAGACGCAGAACCCACUCGACUUAGUCGCCAAUGAAAUGGAGUUCAAGAUUGCAAAAUAUGCUCUUCACCACAAGAAUCUUCAGGUUCAUAUGGCUCGCUUCCCCCGGGAUCGAAAGACAAAGACCAGAAUGAUGCCGAAAAACGCAGGCUCCUUGCUGGCCGCUCAGAAAGUCCUGAUGAAGGUGAACUUUGCCCGGUACGACUACCUUAUGAAUGAGUUACGGAUGGACCCGCCCCUUGAUAUCUGGCGACGUGGUCCCCAUCAUUCUCUUGACAAGCCAAGAGACCCUGAGAGAACCUUGAGAUUCAUCCGCAAGCACAGGCUCCGUGCUAUUAGGAAGCUAGAAGCAGCAGAAGAGGCUAAACAAGAGAAGAUUUCGGCCGAGCGAAGAAAAAGGUUCAUUGAGGAAGCAGCUGCUCUUGCUGCUGACGGCAUUCUCCAACAUGAAGGCAAGCCGAUGGAGAUCGACCAUCGGUCUUUGCCAAAGAACACCAAGACGGCUGUUCUCGAGGAGGCUCUUCGUGAAUUUCAAGACAAGCCAUCAAGGGAUGAGUGAACAGGGUAAAGUUAUCUUCAACAGUGUCUCAAAUAUUGACUGAGAUGUGAAUAAAAGUGUAUAAAUACUGA